AUGGCGGGAGCUCAAUGCGCCACAGGACCGCGCGCCGCGCCGCCACCGCCGCUGCUCCUCGUCCUCCUCCUGUGCGGCUUCCUCUGCGCCGUCCUCGUGCUGUUCGCGCCGGCGGCUCGGCGCGGGGACGAAGAGACGGAGGAGUUCCCCGUCGCGUUCUCGUCUUCGUGGCCCACCGCCGGGCGCCGCGCCCUCCCGCGGCCGGCCGCGGCGAGGUCGUCGUCGUGGCGCCCCCGGCCCCGGCCGCGCGGGAGAUGGAACUACGCGGGGCAGGGGCUCCAGGACAGCAAGCACGAGGUCCCCAGUGGCCCCAACCCGGACUCCAAUCGGUAG